AUGACGCGGAGCGGCGGGGCCGGGAAGCGGAAGGAUUAGCUCCAAAGCACCGAUACCGGCUCCCCAGGACACACCGAGCCCCCCCCCGCGGCGGCGGGCAGGCGGCAGCGGCAUGCCGGCGGGCGCGGAACCGGGCCCGGGGGCCGCGGCUCACCGCAGCCGCCCGUGGUGACGGGGGGUGCCCUCCCCGCCCCGAGCAUGGACGGGGAGCGUGCUGCCGCCGGCGGACCCGCGCUCCUCCCCGCCGGCCGAGGAGGAGGAGGAGGAGGCCCGGCUGACUUCGUGGCUGUCCUCCCACCGGAGGUCAGCUCCCGGAUUUUCAGCGGCCUGGACGUUGAGAGCUUGUGUCACGCGUCCGUGACAUGCAAGGGCUGGCACCGCGUCAUCGAGAGCAACGACCGCCUCUGGAGACACCACUGCUUGAGCGUGCGGGCUGUGUGCCAGCGGGAGAUCGACUGCGACCGAGGAAACGGGUAUUCCUGGAAGAUCACAUUACUGAGAAACUACUGGAAAAGCAAAGUGAAGCAAGAAUGGCUGAGUGGGAAAUACAGCAACAUUCCUUCACAGAACAGCCUGCCAGAGAAAAGCAUGUAUCCCAUGGACGUCGACACAUGGGGAGAAAUCCUGGAAGCAGAACUCGAGAGAUGAGAAACCAGUGCUGGUUCUAGCAACUUAAGAACCUUCUAUCAACAACUCGCAGACUGCCAAACUGUAAAUAUUUUGCUGUUCAAGAUCAGUUGUGUUUGCAAACAUAUGAUGAAAACUUCUUAAAAAAAAAAAAUUUUUUUUUUUUUUUAUUUGCACUUUAUCCGUAUUUUAUUUUUCUGUAAAAUUCUAAGUAAGACUAAAUAUUCAGUUGUUAUAUUUGUAAAUUUGAUGUUCUGCUAUAUUGUCAAAAAGAUGUUGAUUGUACUCUCAAUUUGCACUUUUUAUUUUGGAAAAGAUGACUUUUAACAAAAAAAGUGUGUUUGACUUCAAGCGUAUUAUACCAGCAGCACAACAUGAGAGCCCAUGAAGGCAGGGUGGGGAAGGGGCAAAUUCAGAUAUUGGAAAGAAAAGGACAAGGCAGCCUCCUCAGGAUCGGCUGAACAUCCCCAGCGCAUAGAGCCCUCACAAGGAUCUUCUCUGAAUCUGUACCCACUAAAGUAUGGAAAUGUCAUUGCUCAGCAGUGCUGCAUUUCCGCUGCCCAGCCGUGGGAUUUCUGGAUUAGAACUCAUAGAUCCAGGCAGGACUGAAGCAGCCACAUAACUUAGAGCCUCUCUGCACUUCAGUCAUUUGCAUGAGGAGGAGUAGAGCAGAACUUACUACUUUAAAUAAAACAACUCAGAUAACCAUGAGGGAUAACACAACUUCAUAUAUUUUUGCAGUUAGGCUAAAACACAUUCAGAAACCUAGUUUUUUCUUCCAUCACGUGAACCCUGCUUUACCAGCACUGAUUUUUGGUACAGACUUUAGAAACCGCCACUAGUCGAAGACGAGUCGCCUGUCACGUAACACAACAUGAAAGUCACCACAAAAUCAACUUACUACAAUUCCAUUUGAAUAUCACCUUGCCCUACUUACUUUGCACUAAAGAGUAAAUUCAGUGGGAAAACGCUUUGAAGGUCCCUAUUUGAAUUAUUCCUACAAAAUUCAGUCACCAAUCUGGGACCAAUUCUCUAUAGGAAGAUUUCUACCAUGCUUAUGAAACUUAGCUAAUGUGAAGUGAUUUCAAAUCAACUACUGUGGACUUUGGCAGAGGACCUUCUGGCAACGUAAGGACAGAAAUGUCUUGUCAUGAGCAUGAGGUUCAAUGGUGCUAGAUCAGGCCCCUACUGGAUACUGAGCUUACUUAAAUUAGGUCCAGCCCUGACUUUUAAUGGCCAAAUAACGCUAGAUAGAGCAGUAGAGCAGUUCUGCUCUGAAAAUACAGAUCACUGUCCUCUGGGCUACCAUCCAAUACCAGGUUUUUUGUGUUCAAUGAUGCUGGUGGUUAAACAAACCAUUAGUUUAAACUUGCUUCCAAUUUAUCCAUUUUUAUUUUCUCACCAUUAUUUAACCAUUGCAGAAUAUCUGGUGAAAAUAUCUAGUAUUUUUUCCUCCCCUUUAUUGCAAGUGUGUUGGCUCACAACCUGUUUGUUGUAUGUGCCCAUCUCUAUAGGCCAAGGAAGAAAGAGAACAGCCAGGUGAAACUGGUGGUUCUAAAAUGCUUCCAAGAACAGUAUGUUAUCUGUGUUCCCUUUUCUAGCUUGGAACAUUCAACAGAUUUCAUCAAAACCGAUCCACUUCCCUUAGCCUCCUACAUUUUCCCCAUUAAAACAGACUUUCCGUUCAUAAGCACCAGUACCUUUUCUAAAUCACCAGUAACAUAUCUAAUUAAGAGAGCUUUCUCAGCCACAAUAUUGUGUGACAUGAUGCAAUGACUGCAUAAUGUUUCUUAUACAUCUUCUGUACUUUAUUCCUUAUAAGUAAGUGUUAGUCCCAGUAUCAAGACCCCAUUGCACUAGGUUGUAUAAAGAUGCAUGAUAUCUCCCUUUACUGCCAGAAGAGUUGAUGCUGUUCUUGUGGGAUUACUACUACAUUAGCCAAAAUGGAUGCAGCACCCAAAAUUCACUGAAGCUUCUGAUAUCACCCUGCUGCCAAACAUGGCUCAAAUGCAACACAGAAUAAAGAACAUUGCCAAGUAUAGUGGAUGCAGCACAAGUCUCAAUGAAUUGCAGACACUGCUUCCUUUAUUAUUAGUAAUUCUGCUCAGAGAUUAUAUCUAGUUAGCUCAAAUAAAAAAACCCAACACACACCACACCCAAGCACAACAGUUUUUCCACUGAAGGUGCUGCCUCACCCCUGCUCACAGUAUCUUUUUACCCUGACUUUGAGAGACAGAAGUGAAAAAAACAGUGCAUAUAAAUUAAUAUAGAAGAAAAUAGUAGUAGCAGUACAUUCUCAUCACCUCAGGAGUGCCCUAUUUCUUAAUCACAAGACUGGAAAAGUGCACAAGCAUGGAUCUAGUUCUUCACCCUUCUCA